AUGGCUUCUGCCACGAAUGGAUAUACCAAUGGCGUCAACGGCACGGCGCAUCAUGCACCGUUCGCGCGCUUCUCCGGAGUGCCGGAGCAGAUUGAUGUGCCAGUGGGCGGAAGCCAAGAGGAAGCUGUCAGUAUUGAUCUGAUAGAGCAGCCGCUCGAAGAGCAGGAAAUUGAAGAGCUCUGUGGUCUACUGGAAUCAGAGAAUGCUGCUCGCAACUACUGGAUAACAAUCGCGCUAUCCUAUGUCAAGACCAACCACGCCGAUGUUGCAAUCGACAUCCUCAAGAAAGCGCUGGAUGCAAUGCAACAAGGCCGUGUAGAUGAUCGUCUCAGCAUACUCACGUGUCUAUGCUGGCUCUAUCUCUGGAAGUGCCGGAAAGCGCCACGUGUAAAGCCUACUCAAGGGACGGAAGAUGAGCGCACUAAAGACUAUUGGCUGGCACAGGCAACCUCUAGUGUUAACGAGGCCUCAAAAUUGAAUCCUGGAUACGCACCGCUCUAUCUGGCAAGAGGCACUUUGUCGCUCCUCAAGGCCUCACUGCAGCAGGCCGGGGAUCGAGCCGAGUCGCUGAGACAGGCCGCCAAGUGCUUUGACGAUGCGUACAUGAAUUCUGGCAACAAGAACCUCAUGGCCAUACUCGGAAAGGCCAAGACACAAUUCACGAAUGGCAAGUAUGCUGAAGCUUACAUUCUCUAUCAGCAGGUGCUGGAGCGGGCGCCGGACAUGAUUGACCCUGACCCACGAAUUGGCAUUGGCUGCUGUCUUUGGCAGAUGGGUCAUAAAGACAUUGCGAAAGAGGCUUGGGAGCGAUCAUUGCAGCUGAACGAGAACUCCAAGAUUGCGAAUAUCUUGCUUGGACUCUACUACCUGGACGUCAGCAGCCACUUCAAUUCAAACGAUCCAGAGUUUGCGUCCACCUAUCGGAAAGCCAUGACCACAUACACGCAAACCGCUUUCAAGCUCGACGAUAUGCACGCGCUCACUUGUUCCACUUUCGGUGGCUACUUCCUGCUUCGCAAGACGUGGGCAAAUGUGGAACGACUUGCACGACGCGCUAUCGAGCACACGGACGUCAACGCUAUUGCCAGUGAUGGCUGGUAUUUGCUUGCGAGAAAAGACCAUUACGAGGGUGACUUGACAAAAGCACAAGAGCACUACAGCAAAGCUGACCAAGCAAGAGGCGGCGAUGAGAAGGGAUAUCUGCCAGCCAAGUUUGGCGUGGCUCAGUUGAAGACCUUGAUGCAGGACUACGAUGGCGCAAAGUUCAGGCUGGAAAAGAUAGUGUCGAACAACAAGAGCGUAGAGGCCAUGACAUUACUCGGCAUAUUACAUGCAGAAGAUGUGUUCACAAGUCAGGCCUCUGCUUCGAAAGAAGACAAGAGCGUAGAACGAAAGAAGGCUAUCGGUCUUUUGGAGCAAGUGCGAGUUGCCUGGAAGGAUGCGAAGAGAAAGAUACCACCGGACAGCGCUGUUCUCCUCAACCUGGCGCGACUUUACGAGGCAGACCAGCCCGACAAGGCUCAGGCUUGUUUAUUACAAGUGGAGCAAAUGGAGCUUGACGAAAUCAGCGAGGAAGACCUGCCUGAGGAAUAUGACGAUGAGGCUGCGAUCAAGAGUGCCAAACGGAAGAUGCUCAGUCCCCAACUUCUCAACAACAUCGGCUGCUUUCAUUUCCAGGCCGAGAAAUACCCACAAGCGCGGGAGUACUUUCAGGUUGCACUUGAGUCGAGUGUCUCGAUCGGGAACAAGGAUUCCUCAGUAGACGUCGACUCCCUGGUCUCCUCCAUCAGCUUCAACUUGGCUCGAACAUAUGAAGCGGAAGGCAUUGAAGACGAGGCUGAGAAGAUUUAUCAAUCCUUGCUUCAGCGCCAUCCGGACUAUAUCGAUGCGAAGGCUCGCAUGGCAUAUCUCGCGCUACGAUCUGAUCCAGCGAAGGGAGCUGAUGCUCUCAAGCAGCUGCUUGACUCUGAUCCAAGCAAUCUGGAAGUUCGCGCCUUGUAUGGUUGGUACCUGCAUCGCAAGAAGAAGCGGACGCUCCAAUUACAGGAAGACCAGGAACAGAGGCAUUUCAAGCACACGCUCAUGACAUAUGACAAGCACGACAUCUAUUCGCUGACAGGUAUGGGCAAUAUGCACAUGGCAGUCGCCAGGGAGAUGCCAAGAGACACCGAUCAGCACAAGGAGCGACGCUCGAAAACUUACAUGCGCGCCGUUGAGUUCUACGACAAAGUCCUUACCCUUGACCCCAGAAACGCAUUUGCUGCGCAAGGUAUGGGUAUCGCAAUGGUCGAAGAAAAGAAAGACACCACUGCAGCCAUUCAGAUCUUCUCCAAGGUUCGCGAGAGCGUCAAAGAUGCUUCGGUGCAUAUCAACCUGGGCCACGUGUUCUGUGAGCUAAAGCAAUUUAGCCGGUCGAUUGAAAACUACGAGCUUGCACUUCAAAAGUCGAGAGAAAAGGAUGCGCAAAUCCUUGCUUGCCUUGGCCGCGCUUGGCUCAUGCGUGGGCGCGCGGAAAAGCAAAUUGAGCAUUACAAACAGAGCUUGGACUUCUCGCGACAAGCGCUGGAGAUGUCGCCGGAGAGCAUCAAUUUCAAGUUCAAUGUAGCGUUUGUGCAAAUCCAGAUUGCGCAGCAGAUGAUCCAGCAGCCAGAGGCCAACAAGACCUUGGAGGAUGUCGAGGUUGCCAGCAAGGAUCUUGACGAUGCUAUCGAGUCUUUCAUCGAGAUCGCUCGGAGUCCCCAACCGCCAUUCCCAAAGAACGACAUCGAGCAGCGCGCCAAUAUGGGUCGCAAUACCAUGAAGCGACAGCUUGCAGCUGCUAAAGAGCGACAAGCUGAGUAUGAGCAGAAGAAUGCCACUCGUCUCGAGGAGGCUCGGGCACGCCGAGAAGAAGAAGUCCGCAGGAGGGAGGAGGAGAAGCGUAUCGCGCUGGAGAAGGCAGAGGAGGAGAAGCGCAAGAUCCGUGAAGAGCGUGAGCGGAUCAUGGAGGAAGAUCGCCAGCUGAUCGCGCGGCGUCUUGAAGAAGAGAAGGCUCGCGAGGAGGCAGAAUACACUACUGAUCCGGAGACUGGCGAUCGCAAGAAACGCGAGAAGAAGGUCAAGGAGAAGCGAUCAAAACGCAAGAAGAAGGGCGACGAUACGGAUACGGAUGCUGAUGGCCUAGUGGAUGGCACAGGUGACGAAGAUGCAGGAGGCCGGCGAAGCAAGCCGCGCUCUAGGCUGGCGAGUACGACUGGUAGUGACGGUGAGGCUCCGAGAAAGAAGAAGAAGAGAAGACUUGAGCGCAAGGGCACGGCUGUUAAGAACUCCAAGUACAAGUCGGCGGAGAUGAUCGAAGACUCGGACGAGGAUGAUGAUGCUGGCUUACAGCCUGCUGCGAAGUCGGACGAUGCCGAAACUCCUGGCGCCGCCAGCUCACCAGCCCCAGACGACACUAUGGCAGAUGGCGGGGACGAAGAUGAAGAUGACGCUGUCGCUCGCCCAUCCCAGCGAAAGAAGCAGACUCGGGUCCUGGACGACGAGGACGAAGACGAAGACGGAGCUCCCGCGACGACAAAUGGUGGCGAUGUCGAUAUGGGCGAAGAGGACGAUGCUGUCGCCGCCGGCCAAUCUGAUCACGGCGGCGAUUAG